AUGCCAGCCUCGCAGCGACGGCCAACUUUCCUCGAACUCCCUGUAGAGAUCAAGCAACCGCUAGUGUCAUGGGCAACCUAUUGCCUCGUCCUCUCCACGCCCAGCGCGUGGGUGAACGUCCAUUCGCCCAUUACCUCCCCCGAAGGCUGGUCCUCGCUGCGAAAGAAGAUCCUACGACAUGCGAAACUAUCCCGGAACAUGGAGAUGUCUUUCCACCUCACUGUUGAACCAUCGGCAGGCCGAAUCAGCAAAAAGCAGAGCAACCGCAUAAUGCACGCCAUCCUCAGCACGAAUCACUGGUGGAAACUCGUUUUCGAGUUGAACUCGGAUGAGAACUACCAUACGUGGAUCCUCUCGUGGUUGCACAAGUUUGCUAGCGGUCCACACGGAGCAUCUCUCCAUGGUGUGCGCCAUUUCGAGCUGAGCUUUCCGACGGGCCGCAUUACUCCCCAACUCACGUUCGAGGACAACGUUAUCCCUCGAGCUUUCCCUGGUCUGGAGACGUUCAUCAUCAACACUCUCGGGCCAAUAGACGACGGUUCGAACUUUCUCAGACGCCAGGUCACACCCUUGAUACUGCUGCUUGAUGUCGUCGACUUCCUAUGCGUGCCAAGAGUUGUAUCCGAUAUCCCCGCCCGCCGCUCCAGGCUGACCAAACUAAAGCUCAAAGAUCACGGCCUCUGGGAUACGGCUCUUCAACUGUCGAUGAUCAGGCUCCCUACCCUCACUUGGUUGGAACUCGAAUGCCAAGAAACAGUCCCCCUGAUUGCCCAGUUUGUACAGGAUUCCAACUGCCAGCUUCGCCAUCUUACGCUCAGAAACGUUAAACUCAGCGACGAGGCAAUUGGGGCACUACUAUCCACCUUGCCCGAUAUCGAAUCUCUGGAGCUCGUCGUCCGAUACAAUUUCAAUGGCUCCCUCUUCCAACGACUGAUGAAGAGCCCCGAGAUUGCUCCUAACCUGCAAAGACUCGUCGUGUUGGCUUUAAGCCGCCUUAAGCUCGGUAAUGAAGGCGCCCUCAGUGAAUUUCACGACUUCGCCGCCCGUCGAAAGUUGAAGUUCGUCUUUUCAGCGAACAGUUUCGUUUCGAAGUAA